UUCGUUCCGCAGCCUCAGAAAAGUAGGGUGAGAUCCUGACUUUUAGCUAAAAUGAGCUUGAUGUUUCUAGGCCCCUAACGGCCUUUAUAAGGGCCGUUAAAAAUUUAAAAUAAUUAGAAAGUUAAUAAAUGUCAGAGCUGGAAGGAACUUUAUGGAGAAAAUUUAUAAACUAAGUUCUGAAGAGAUUUGCCCUUGCUAAUUGAGAUCCUGUUAGUGACCAUGUCAAAUAAGCGUGGCAUCAGAAUAGUUUUGUUUCAAGUUGGAAAGAAAUUGUAUGAAGCCCUCAUCUGUGUUUAGAGAUGCCUUGGUUUCUUUAAAAGUGCUUGAAGACAGUAAUUCAAAAUGCCUGAAAAUCCUGCUGCAGACAAACUGCAGGUCCUGCAGGUUCUCGAUCGCCUGAAAAUGAAGUUGCAGGAGAAGGGCGACGCGUCGCAGAACGAGAAGCUGUCUGUGUUUUAUGAGACGCUGAAGAGUCCUCUCUUCAACCAGAUCCUCACGCUUCAGCAGUCCAUCAAGCAGCUGAAGGGGCAGCUCAGCCAUACACCCUCAGAUUGUUCCACAAACUUUGAUUUUUCUAGGAAAGGUUUGUUAGUGCUCACAGAUGGUGCCAUUACAAACAGGAAUGCCCACAGGCCCUCUAGUAACUUGACUGUAUCUGGGUUAUUUCCUUGGACUCCUAAGUCGGGAAAUGAAGACUUUCACUCAGUUAUUCAACAGAUGGCUCAGGGCCGCCAGGUCGAGUACAUCGAUAUAGAGCGGCCUUCCGCCGGAGGCCUCGGGUUCAGUGUGGUGGCCGUGAGAAGUCACACUCUGGGAGAAGUUGACAUCUUCGUGAAGGAGGUCCAGCCAGGGAGCAUAGCGGACAGGGAUCAAAGGUUAAAGGAAAAUGACCAAAUAUUGGCUAUUAAUCACACACCACUGGACCAGCGUGUUUCCCAUCAGCAGGCGAUUGCCUUAUUACAGCAAACCACUGGGUCCUUGCAUCUGGUUGUGGCCCGGGAGCCAGUCCACACAAAAAGCAGUGCUUCUACCAGCCCACCCGAUACAACCCUGCCUGAGACAGUUCGCUGGGGCCACGUUGAAGAUGUUGAGCUCAUUAAUGAUGGCUCCGGCUUGGGCUUUGGCAUCGUCGGAGGAAGAUCGAGUGGCGUGGUUGUGAGGACGAUAGUUCCUGGAGGGUUAGCAGACCGAGAUGGAAGACUCCAGACUGGUGACCACAUCCUGAAGAUUGGUGGCACAAACGUGCAGGGAAUGACCAGUGAGCAAGUUGCACAAGUGCUCAGGAACUGUGGGGAUUCCGUCAGGAUGCUUGUCGCAAGAGACCCAGUUGGUGAAGUCUUUGUAACCCCGCCCACCCCCUCCGCCUUACCUGUUGCUCUGCCUGCUCUAGCCAACAGCGCCCCGAGCUCUGACAAAUCUGCUCUUUUUGAAACUUACGAUGUUGAACUCAUUAAAGAAGAUGGACAGAGUCUUGGGAUUAGAAUUAUUGGCUAUGCUGGAACUCCUAAUACAGGGGAAGCUUCAGGGAUUUAUGUGAAAAGUGUCAUACCUGGCAGCGCGGCGCACCACAACGGCCAAAUUCGAGUGAACGACAGAAUCGUCGCUGUCGAUGGUGUGAAUAUUCAGGGUUUUGCCAACCAGGAUGUUGUGGAGGUGCUACGAAACGCAGGGCAAGUGGUACGUCUGACUCUAGCUCGAAGGAAGACAUCUUCAUCUGCUUCUCCACUUGAACUGCCUUCAGACAGAGGAGCUGUUGUAGAGCCGCCGAAAACACCAACCCUCUUUCUGACUGGAGCGGUGGAAACGGAAACUAACUUGGACAGUGAAGAUGAGGACACUGAAGAAAGAAUGGAUAACCUAAAAACCAACAGCGUACAAGCCUUGGAAAGAUUGGGAGUCCCAGACUUUCCAGAAAAUGAGCUGAAAUCCAGGUGGGAAAACCUACUGGGCCCUGAUUAUGAAGUAAUGGUUGCUACCUUGGACACACAGAUCGCAGACGAUGCUGAGUUACAGAAAUAUUCAAAGCUGCUGCCCAUCCAUACCCUGAGGCUUGGCAUGGAAGUGGAUUCCUUUGAAGGACACCAUUACAUCUCCUCGAUUGCUCCCGGUGGUCCUGUUGAUACGCUGAACCUCCUACAGCCAGAGGAUGAGCUUCUUGAGGUCAACGGAGUGCGGCUCUACGGGAAGUCUCGCCGGGAGGCGGUCUCCUUCCUGAAGGAGGCACCACCCCCCUUCGUCUUGGUGUGCUGUCGCCGGCUGUUCGAUGACGAGGCCUCUGUGGACGAGCCGAGGGCCCCCGUGGCCUCCCCUCCCGAGACACAGAGCCUUAAAAAUAUGAAGAUCUAUGACCAAUUUCGAAGAGAGUCUAACGAUUGCUGUAACAGCCGUCGGAAGGCUGACCACAGCGUAGACGUCAAUCCUGAAGAAGAUGAUGAUGGGGAGUUAGCGCUGUGGUCUUCUGAAGUCAAGAUUGUUGAACUAGUGAAAGACCACAGAGGCUUGGGAUUCAGCAUUUUGGAUUACCAGGACCCCUUGGACCCCACAAGAUCAGUGAUUGUGAUCCGCUCCCUGGUGGUGGAUGGUGUCGCAGACAGAGGUGGGGAGCUGCUACCUGGAGACCGCCUGGUCUCAGUCAAUGAACACAGUUUGGACAACAGCACACUUGCUGAAGCCGUGGAGGUGCUGAAAGCUGUGCCACCAGGCACUGUGCGCCUUGGCAUCUGUAAGCCUUUGGUGGAAGAUGAUAACGAGGAAGAAAGUCAUUAUAUUUUACAGUCAAACCAUCAUGAAGACAGGACUGAAAUUUCAGGAACAAUUCAUGAUAUAAAUUCAUCUUUAAUACUUGAAGCACCCAAGGGAUUUAGAGAUGAACCCCAUUUCAAAGAAGAACUUGUGGACAAACCGUUUCUAGAUCUGGGGAAGUCUUUCCAGUCCCAACAAAAAGAGGUCGACAACAGCAAGGAGGCCUGGGAAAUGCAUGAGUUUCUGACUCCUAGAUCGCAGGAAAUGGGUGAAGAGAGAGAAAUGCUCGUUGAUGAAGAGUAUGAGCUGUAUCAAGAUGGCUUUCAGCCCACGGAGUUGUAUUCCCCCUCGCGCGUUCAGGAGGCCGCCCGCGUCCCGUCUGUGGAGGGGCUGCACUUGGGAGCGCAGCGGUUACACGGUGCGCGUGAGGAUGGCGAGCCUGCGCAGCCUCAGGAAGCCAGGGCCCUGCUGGGCGUCUGCCCCCCGGAGGCGCAGCAGUGGGGCUGCGGCCCCGACGACCUGAUGAAAGAAGAUUUUGGCAUCGAUGCCUCACCCUCCGUGCCCUCACCUGAAGGGAGCGGUCAGCAAGGCAGGUUUGGCGGUCUGGAGAAUCUCAGUUCGUUCCCACAGAGCUCUUCGGAUUUAGGCAUGAUGAUUCCAGAUGAUGUCCAGGCUCCUGGCUUGCUUGUUGAACUUCCUGCUGUGGCUCAAAGAAGGGAGCAAGAAGAUCUGCCUUUAUACCAACUCCCCAGGACCCGAGUUGUUUCCAAGGCCUCAGCAUACACAGGAAUCUUAUCUUCUAGAUAUGCCACUGAUACAUGUGAGUUACCUGAGAGAGAAGAAGGUGAAGGAGAGGAGACUCCAAACUUCAGCCACUGGGGUCCACCGAGAAUUGUUGAGAUUUUUAGAGAACCCAACGUGUCUCUUGGUAUUAGCAUUGUGGGUGGACAAACUGUGAUAAAACGCCUGAAGAAUGGAGAGGAGCUUAAAGGGAUAUUUAUCAAGCAAGUUUUAGAAGACAGUCCAGCAGGAAAAACAAAUGCUCUUAAAACUGGAGAUAAAAUACUAGAGGUGUCUGGAGUAGAUCUGCAGAACGCCUCACACAGAGAAGCAGUUGAGGCCAUUCAGAAUGCAGGAAACCCGGUGGUGUUCGUUGUGCAGAGCCUGUCACCCACUCCAAGAGUCAUUCCUAGUGUCCAUAACAAGGCCAACAAAAUCGCUAAUAACCAGGAUGAAGACACUCAAGAAAAAAAAGAAAAGAGGCGAGGAACUGCCCCUCCUCCGAUGAAGCUGCCACCUCCUUAUAAGGCCCCAUCUGAUGACAGUGAUGAAAAUGAAGACGGAGACGUGUUUACCAACAAAAAAAUUAGACAAAGAUAUGCAGACCUGCCUGGAGAAUUGCACAUUAUUGAACUGGAAAAGGAUAAGAAUGGACUUGGACUCAGCCUUGCUGGGAAUAAAGACAGGUCGCGCAUGAGCAUAUUUGUGGUGGGAAUUAACCCGGAAGGACCCGCUGCCACGGACGGACGCAUGCGGAUUGGAGAUGAACUGGUAGAGAUCAACAAUCAGAUCCUGUAUGGAAGAAGUCACCAAAAUGCGUCUGCCAUUAUUAAGACUGCCCCGUCAAAGGUCAAGCUGGUCUUCAUCAGAAAUGAAGAUGCGGUCAAUCAGAUGGCGGUCGCUCCUUUUCCGUUACCGUCAAGUCCUCCAUCUUCUCUUGAGGAAGACGUCCCCCAGCUGGUUGGUCAAGGUGUGGUGGCGGGUCAGCAGCAGGCCCUGGAGUGCCCAACUGACAGCGCUGUCAGCCAGAUGAAGCAGCAACAGUAUUCAGCACAAGUCUCCUUGGGUUCACAAGACAUACCCUUAGCACCAGCGCCCUCGUACUCUUCCACAGAUGCCGACUUCCCAGGCUACGGUGGUUUCCAGGCUCCGCUGUCAGUGGACCCUGCCACGUGUCCCAUUGUCCCUGGCCAGGAGAUGAUUAUAGAAAUAUCCAAGGGACGCUCGGGGCUCGGGCUCAGCAUCGUGGGAGGAAAGGACACGCCCUUGGAUGCUAUAGUGAUACACGAAGUCUAUGAAGAAGGAGCAGCAGCCAGAGAUGGCAGACUUUGGGCUGGUGACCAGAUAUUGGAGGUUAACGGGAUUGACCUGAGGAGUGCCAGCCAUGAGGAAGCCAUCACCGCCCUGAGGCAGACCCCGCAGAAGGUGCGGCUGGUGGUGUACAGAGACGAGGCGCACUACAGGGAUGAGCAGAACUUGGAGAUUUUCCCUGUGCAUCUGCAGAAGAAGGCUGGCCGAGGACUAGGCCUGAGCAUCGUUGGGAAACGAAGUGGAAAUGGAGUGUUUAUUUCUGACAUCGUGAAAGGUGGAGCCGCAGACCUGGAUGGAAGACUGAUUCAGGGAGAUCAGAUCUUAUCUGUGAAUGGGGAGGACAUGAGAAAUGCCUCACAGGAGACAGUGGCCACUGUCCUCAAGUGUGCGCAGGGGCUGGUGCAGCUGGAGAUUGGAAGACUCCGCGCUGGCUCCUGGACCUCCUUGAGGAAGACGUUGCAGAACAGUCAGGGCAGUCAGCACAGCACACACAGCAGCUGUCACCCUCCCCUGCCUCCUGUCGUCAGCAGCCUGCAAAACCUGGUCGGCGCAAAAAGAGCUUCCGACCCUUCCCCCCAGAAUCCAGGCAUGGACGUGGGACCAAGGACCGUUGAGAUAAUCAGGGAGCCCAGUGAUGCCCUUGGAAUCAGCAUUGCUGGAGGAAGAGGAAGCCCCUUAGGGGACGUCCCCAUAUUCAUCGCCAUGAUUCAGGCCAGCGGUGUGGCUGCGCGAACACAGAGGCUUAAGGUUGGAGAUCGGAUUGUCAGCAUUAAUGGGCAACCUUUGGAUGGGCUGUCUCACGCGGACGUGGUCAAUCUGCUGAAGAACGCCUACGGGCGCAUUAUCCUGCAGGUUGUGGCAGAUACCAAUAUAAGCGCCAUAGCCACUCAGCUUGAAAACAUGUCUGCGGGCUACCACCUCGGUUCACCCAGUGCCGAGCACCAUCCGGAUGACACGGAAACGCCUCCGCCUAAGACCAUUGCCUUGGAGAAAGGCUCUGACGGGUUGGGGUUGAGUAUUGUAGGGGGUUAUGGAAGUCCCCAUGGAGACCUGCCAAUUUAUGUCAAGACUAUAUUUGCAAAGGGAGCAGCUGCAGGUGACGGCCGACUGAAGCGAGGUGACCAGAUUUUAGCCGUUAACGGUGAGACUCUGGAAGGCGUUACUCACGAGCAAGCUGUGGCCAUUCUGAAACGCCAGAGAGGGACUGUAGUCUUAACGGUGCUGUCGUGAGCCUGGGUCCUGAUCGCAAGACAGGCGUUGCAGACUGUCACCGAGGAUGCAGUUCUGAAAGAGGACGGAAAGCAGCCUCAACUAGAAUCCACCUUCCUUCUCACUGCUGUCCCCUCGGCUCAGGAGGGAUGGCUGAGGUUUCAUGUAAAUGUCCCAAACCAACAGUCGCCUCCCUAAUAUUUCCCAGCUUCUGUUACCUCGUGAUGAGGUUAAUUUCUAAAACUUGAGUGAGUCUUACCUGUUUUGCAUUUAACAUCGAUGUUUAUCAAGUAGUAGUAACCAGUUCUGAUUGAUUAUGUGCGCCGAAACUGAAGUUAACAACCUCUCAUUCCUUAUGCGCUUUUCUCCCCAUCCCAACUCAUACAGAGGCUUCACGACAGCCUCGUCUCACCCAGUGAACAGAAACAAAUGUUAAGCAACUUGUCAUCUCGCUCGUAAUUUACUCAUGCUAAUGUCUCCUCCAGUACACCAGAAACAUUAGCAGUGUAAUUAACUUCCCAGUGAUCCUCACGAUGAAACACCAGAUUCUCCUGUGGGAAAUUACUGUGCUCUCUUCUGAACAACUUACGGUCAGAUAACUCUCAAAUUCAUUUCUCUGGAUAGAUCUUUAUAAGUUAGUCAUUGGUGAUUAUGAUGAGUCAAUUUUCAGACUGUAAUCUGAAAAUUCUGAAAGGCUUUCUAAUUGUUUUCUUAGCUACACAAAUCCAUACCACUGAACAAAUGCACCUUAUUCUCAACAGGAACGUGUUCUGAAUUCUAACAAUGCCAAAUUCUGUUCGAUUCCAAGAAGUGCACCUGGAGUUGAUGGCGUCUCAGUAGGCGAGCGUCAUUCCCACCCCUCCAUCUUCAGACGAGGCGGAGGAAGCUCCAGAGAUCAGCAAGCUUUGCCUCAAGUCAGACGAGGUGUAGAUGGCCUUGGCCUGGUGCCAAGUAGAGUGACAAAUGUGAGUCUCCUUCUCCUCGGCUCCGUACCCGUCAGUCGAGCAGCGUAGACUGCAGGAAUGUAGAUGGAGUGACGUGCUUAGCCACAACGCGACUGAGCAAAUGAACUGAGCCUAGGAGCCCGUGCUGGAAACACUUGGAUCAUGUUUCCUGGUCUCCCGGGAGCAUCCCAUUUCUUGAAAUUUUGCAUGCUAAGAAAGCAACUACAGCAGAAAAUACAAGUAUAAAGUUGGUCAGGGGCCUCCUUAUUCAGGUACCAGCAGGAAGAGGAGGGAGAUGCUUAUCAGUGAGUUCUAUAGGCUCUGCUGUAAAAAAUGUGCCAUGAAGGAUGAGCACCAGGAUCAGUAAUAGACGUAGUUCAGCAUUAUUUAACUAAAACGCAAUGCUGCAGAUGGUGCACAGUAAUUAUCAAAAUAUAAUGGGAAAGAUAGAUUUUAAUUGAGAAUAAUCUUUGAGUAGAUGUGAUCAUGAAGUGCAUUAACUCUUGUUGGAAUAUUUUGUGGCUCUUCCAAAGUUUUGAGUGCCUAAAUCUUGUGUUGAAAAUGUCUUUCAUGACUGGCAUUAAGUUUUUUUAAAUUACACACGGCUUUUGGAAAUUCUAAUGUAUCCAAAAUAUGUGGUGGUGUUAGGAUCUUGUCUUUCAAUGCAUGAGAAGCUAUCAGCCUCAGAACGUUCUAUGUUAAUUGUAUCCGCAAGAACACCUCAGGCAGCCAAGAAGAAAUGAAGCCCAAAUAAAACUUGAAAAUGCACCUUAAAAAUAUAUAUAUAUAUGUAUGUGUGUAUGUAAUACUUUUGAAAUGUGAUUCUGCUUGAUUUUGUUGGAACGGCCAUUAAAUACACAUUUUGAAAUAACACGUUGUUGUGUUUCUUUACACAUUUACUCUUUUAGGUCAUGCUACUAAAUGUCUAUUGAUAAAGAAAUUGUGAUGCUUUAUACUCCGUGCUGCUGUAAAUUGACAGAAGCAGUGCUUCUCAUAACUGGUUCUGUCUGCUUGCAUGACUAAUAAAUAAUUGCCUUGUCAAAAACACUUCUUUGCAUCAGAACUUUCUGACAAGCUAAGGGGAUAUGAAGAUGGGAAUUUGUAAAAGGAGUAGUUCUCUCAUAGCCACACAUAUCGUUUUGGCCUCAUCUUUUGGGCCAUUUAUGUAUCGUAGUGAUAUCACUUGUUGGAGUUAGCAUGAGAGGAAAGUAAACCAGGAAAAAUAAACUGCUGAAUGUCCGUAUGUGUGAGAUGUCUCCAAAGAUUCUAAAUAAAUGUAGUUGCCUGAGGA